AUGUCCGGAGGGCUCCAGGACGAACAAGCCAGAUUAGCUAUAGCUCAUCCCCGUAUCCCAUUUCAAAGGGAUAGUUCGGUUGUGCGUAAAAAAGUUCACCCCAUUGAUAAAGCUUUAGACCACUUCGACGAUUUUUAUAAGCAAGUUUUUAAAAAACAAUGGCCUUCGAUAAGGGAGGGUUUGCUAGCAAAGCCAAAAUAUGUUGCUGUUAUUAAUAAUUUCGGAGAUUGCGAGGAAACCAUGUCCAAACUUGAACUUAGUGGAGCUCUAAAUAUGAGGACGUUAUUUAAUCUUGAAAAGGACUAUAUGAAGGAAGAAUUACGGGAAAAUUCAAACAAGCAAUUAUUAAAACAAAUAAUGAAUCUUGAUAAGCAACUGGAAAAACAGGCAAGGCAAUCGAAAAAGACAGAGGAGAAACCAAGUGAAAAAAUUGAAAAUACGAAAAAUUAUUCAUUAGAAGCUUCAUUAGAGCAUGCAGAGUUAGAUCACUUAAGAAUAGUAGAUUCAAAAAACGCCUUAUCUACAGAGAUUCUUAAUGAAUUCGUGCCAGCCACUAAAAUAAAAGGUAAAGAAGACUUUAUUCCUGAAUCGACUUAUUACCAAAUGUUCGAUAGCACUGCUUCUUCACAAGUUAAGAUAGAAAAAGACUAUAAUCUAAAUUUUCCAGACAACCUUAAUGUAUAUUGCUAUGAAAUGGAUAACUAUAACGAUUUUGAACCAGUGAAAAAAAGUUCAACCGGUGUGUCAAAUUAUUAUCUAAUGGAUGGUGGUUCAAUACUACCGGUUUUAGCUUUGGAUCUUAAACCCGGUUCUAAAGUAUUAGAUAUGUGUGCCGCACCGGGUGGUAAAAGCCUACUAGCUAUACAAACAUUGUAUCCUGAAUUAGUGGUAUCAAAUGAUCUAUCAAACUCCAGAGUUAACAGGAUUCAGAGUGUUUUUAACCAGUUUUUAUACGACUUUAAUGAAAAAUGGCUAGACACAGAAAAAAUAAGACUCCAAAAUUCUGAUGCUCGCUUUAUAGAAGACCUGUAUUAUGAUAGGAUUCUUGUGGAUGUUCCUUGUACAACAGAUAGACAUUCUUUGAAAGAAAACGACAAUAAUAUAUUCAAACCUUCCAGAAUAAAAGAAAGGUUGAAACUGCCCGAAUUGCAAGCGGAAUUAUUGUUUAAUGCUCUAAGAAUUGUUAAACCUGGAGGAGUAGUUGUAUAUUCCACUUGUUCUCUAAGCCCUAUACAGAAUGAUGGUGUUGUAUCUAUGGCACUGAGAAGAAUUUGGGAGGAAACAAAGUUUAAUAUUGUAGUGAAGGACUUAUCUAUAGCCUUACUGCAAGGAAGGAAUGUUUAUAAUAUUGCUAAAAGAGAUACAGUUAAAUUAGGACAUCUGGUUUUACCUUCUAUGAAACAAAAUUAUGGACCUACAUAUUUUUGUAAAUUAAAAAAAAUUGAAUAAUUUUUUAAUAUUGUAGUUUUAUUGAGUUCAUAU